AUGGGCCCGAACGCAACCUUGGAUUCGGGGUCUCCCAUGGCCACGAGCAGCACGCCCAGCUCGGGGAGUCUCACGGCCAAGUCCCCGCAGACGCAGUGCCUCUCCGCCGUAGACGAGUCCUUUGAGCGGGAGCGGAAGUUCCUCGUCGAUUAUGGGGACUUCCCGCCCAAUCAAGAGUUCAAGCGCGACCUGCUCGUCCAGAUGCGCCGCCUGAUCCAGGGCGUCGAGUUGCACGCCCAGACGCGGCGGGAACUCGAGCUGCUGCGCAGCGAGAACGCGCGCCUGCGGAAAGAGAACACGCAGCUGAAGAUGAACGCCAAGUCGCGACGGGCGCCUCACGGGCCCAUCUACGGCGGCCUGCGACGAAGUCCGUCGGCGUCGUCGCGGGCAGACACGUCGCUGGAUUCGAUCGAGGCGCUCAAGCCGCCAGAUGUGUCGGAGAAGUCGUGGGAUCGGAUCAUCAGCGAUGCAUUCUAG